GUUAAUGAGGCAUUAAGUUGCCCCGUUCGCCGCCUUUGAUUUUGGACUUUCCGCUCAUCUCGUCUUGUCUUGGUCAAGAUGUUGAACUUGUGGACCACUUGGAGGCGUCACGUGACCGCGUGCGCCACCUACUGCACGGCCGCUCAACCGCAGGUGAAGGCAAAGAAGACCACGUUCGGUCCUCUUAGCGACGAAGAUCGAAUCUUCACUAACUUAUACGGCCGACACGAUUGGAGACUGGAAGGGGCUCUGAGGCGAGGGGACUGGUACAAGACCAAGGAGAUCCUUCUCAAGGGGCACGACUGGAUCAUCAACGAGGUCAAGACGUCCGGCCUGAGGGGUCGAGGAGGGGCUGGCUUCCCAACCGGCAUGAAGUGGAGCUUCAUGAACAAACCCGGCGAUGGCAGACCAAAGUACUUGGUGGUGAACGCUGACGAGGGCGAGCCGGGCACGUGCAAAGACCGCGAGAUCAUGCGUCACGACCCGCACAAGUUGCUGGAGGGUUGUCUGCUGGCCGGGAGAGCCAUGGGCGCCCGUGCCGCGUACAUCUACAUCAGAGGCGAGUUUUACAACGAGUCCUCCAAUGUGCAGGUGGCCAUCAAGGAGGCGUACAAAGCGGGCCUGAUCGGAAAGGACGCGUGCGGUUCGGGCUACGACUUCGACGUGUUUGUGAUGCGGGGCGCCGGCGCUUACAUCUGCGGAGAGGAGACGGCCCUCAUCGAGUCGCUGGAGGGCAAACAGGGAAAGCCCAGACUCAAGCCUCCUUUUCCCGCAGACAUAGGGGUGUUCGGGUGCCCGACGACCGUUUCCAACGUGGAGACGGUCGCCGUGGCGCCUGCCAUCUGCCGCAGGGGCGGCGCUUGGUUCGCUGGCUUCGGCAGGGAGAGGAACUCCGGAACCAAGUUGUUCAACAUCUCGGGUCACGUGAACACACCGUGCACCGUAGAGGAGGAGAUGUCCAUUCCCCUCAGGGAACUGAUAGAGAGGCACGCAGGAGGCGUGAAGGGCGGCUGGGAGAAUCUAUUAGGGGUGAUCCCCGGGGGGUCGUCCACUCCCAUCAUCCCUCGGCAGGUGUGCGAUGACGUGUUGAUGGAUUUCGACGACCUGGCGCGAGCCGAAAGUGCCCUGGGCACGGCCGCCGUCAUCGUCAUGGAUAAGUCGACCGACGUGAUCCGAGCCAUCGCACGUUUGAUUGAGUUCUACAAGCACGAGAGCUGCGGCCAGUGCACGCCUUGCAGAGAGGGGGUGGACUGGAUGAACACAAUGAUGUGGAGAUUUGUAAGAGGGGAGGCAGCAAUUUCUGAGAUCGACAUGAUCUGGGAGCUGAGCAAGCAGAUAGAGGGACAUACCAUCUGCGCUCUGGGGGACGGAGCGGCUUGGCCCGUGCAGGGGCUGAUACGACACUUCCGUCGAGACUUGGAGGCUCGCAUCGCUCAGUAUAACAGCAGAAACACUCCAAGGCAGACAGACAUUGAGAUGAUCUGAAAUCAAAUACGGCGAUCCCUUGUUUACGGAAGCUUAGUUUCGUUCAUGUCUUUAAUUUUUGUCUAGUUUAUGGAAGGAAAGUCAAACUCAAAAUUGGCACACUUGCAAGAAGCUGUUUUAGGCCACAACUCGUUAAGUUAUAUGAAGACUUAACUAAUUUAUAAUCUCAUCCCAAAAAUGUGACGCUGCCCGCGAGAGGGUACUUGGGUUUUCAUAGACACCGAAUUAUGGCUUCAGAUUAAAACACUUAAAUAUUUUGAUACACUGAAGAGAUAUAAUGUGUGAAAAUCAUGAUGUCCCAAAAAUGGGAUGCUGCCCACGAAUGGGUUAAAUUCAUUACAGUGCGGAAAAUUGAUUUGAUAUAGCAAACCUAAUCACAACACAAAUGAAAAUUUUGAUACAAAAAUUGACCACAUCAAUCCUGUAUAGAUUGAUGCUUGCUUUGUUAUUUAUGACAAAUUAGACCUGGAACCAUUGUAAAAGCAUCACUUUCCAACAGUUUAAUUUUGAAUAAAUCAAUCUUUUUCCAUCCAAUACAAAAAAAAAAGGAAAUAUGGUUUAAUUAAAAAGGAACACAAAGAAAGCCA